UCAAAUAAGCGAUCUUCAAACCCACACAUUUCGCAGUUUAUUGAACCAUUGAGUGAUUUUUGAUCAGUUUAGUGCCAAACUUUGCCAUGCUAAGUCUCUUGCUAAUCGUGGUGUUUGCCUCGCGGGGCUUCGCCCUCGACAACGGCCUGGCUUUGACCCCCCCAAUGGGGUGGAUGCACUGGCAGCGCUUCCGCUGUCUGAUCGACUGCGACGCCUACCCCGACGAGUGCAUCAGUGAGAAUUUGUUCAAAACCAUGGCGGACAAAAUGGCCGAGGAGGGGUACCUGGGGGCCGGCUACGACCACCUCAUCAUCGACGACUGCUGGAUGGGGGAGCACCGGGACGCGCAGGGCCGGCUCCAGCCCAACUCGACGCGGUUCCCCAGCGGGAUCAAGGCCCUCUCCGACUAUGUGCACAGUAAGGGCCUCAAAUUCGGGAUUUACUCCGAUUAUGGUACCAAAACCUGUGCCGGGUACCCAGGAAGUCACGGCCACCUUGAAACCGACGCCCAAACCUUCGCCGACUGGGGCGUCGAUUACCUCAAACUCGACGGCUGUUACGCCGAUUUGGACGACCUUGAACCUGGGUACAUCCAGAUGGGCAAAUACUUGAACCAAACCGGACGACCCAUCGUCUACUCCUGCAGCUGGCCCGCCUACCAGGAACCCAAAGGGAUCAAAGUAUGCAACCAGUCAUACACGGUUUUAUGCAACCAAACAUACACGUCACUUUUUCAGCCAAAUUACACCGCUUUACGGGACACGUGUAAUCUGUGGCGUAAUUGGGACGACAUCGACGACACGUGGUCCAACGUCACCAACAUUCUGAAGUGGUUUAGUGAGAAUCAGGACCGGAUUGCGGAAUUUUCGGGCCCGGGCCACUGGAACGACCCUGAUAUGCUCAUAAUCGGCAAUUUCGGGCUGAGUUACGAGCAGAGUAAGGCCCAAAUGGCGCUGUGGGCCAUCAUGGCAGCCCCCUUGAUCAUGUCGGUGGAUUUGAGGACGAUUGAGCCGAAAUUUCGCGAUAUUUUACUAAAUCGAGAAGUAAUAAAAAUCAAUCAAGAUGCUUUAGGGAUCCAAGGACGCUUGAUUACGACUAUCAAAAAGAUUGAUGUUUGGACCAAACCGAUUUUGCCCAAUGAGGGGGCCCCCUCGUACGCUGUGGGGUUUUUGAGUAACCGUGUCGACGGCUACCCCUACAGGCUUAACGUGACUUUAGCCCAAUUGGGUAUAAAUCAGGCCGAAAAGUACAAAAUUCAGGACGUGUUUGACCCCAUGACGCGCGAGGUUUCGCAAAAUGAGACGAUUUUCGUGAGGGUGAAACCCACAGGUGUCGUCCUCCUCACAGCCACGCCCAUUUUGGACAAACAAAAGUGAAAAAAUUGUAACACAACAAACAAAUAAAUUUUUUUCAUUGAUAACAAUUUUUUAUCACUUUUGGAGGAACUUUAUUAUUAUUGCGACUUUACAGUCUGUUCCAAAUUGCUCAGAACAUGCUGAAGUUUACAGUGUUGCCGGGUUUGAUGAAAUUUCAACACGCUUGCUGAUUUAGUGUAAAAAAAUAAAUG